UAUAUAUCUAAGGUAUGUGCCCCUCAUUCAUCAUAAGCCCGAAGCUCGGCGCUAGUCCUAAUCCAAGCUUCCAACGCAAUUGAGCUUUCAGACCGCCCACCAUAAACUCACUGACACGGCCCCGGUCGUUUUUGUUGUGCUUGAAGCCCUCCCUCACCCUCCUCCACUAGAUUGUUGGCUUCAUAAAGACCUGCGCCCGCCCUCUUUUCUCUAGCUCAUACAAUCGCAUUUCUUUCCUCUCCACUCAUCUCCCCUCCCGAUCUCUCCCCUCAAUCAAACUCCCCCUCACUCGCCCACCAUGACCGACCAAACGAAGGACGACGCCAACAACACGGCUAUCUCUGACGAUUCCUUUGAUGAAGAUGACCACGAUAAUGCGCACAUUCACCGUAACUCGGUCCACCAGCGGUUGCGAGCAAACAGCUCCAUCAUGCAGCUGAAGAAGCUACUCGUGGCCAACCGAGGUGAAAUUCCUAUUCGUAUUUUCCGCACAGCUCACGAGCUGUCUCUGCAUACCGUUGCUGUCUACAGUCAUGAGGACCGACUGGGCAUGCAUCGUCAGAAGGCUGAUGAGGCCUAUGUCAUUGGAAAGCGCGGCCAAUACACUCCCGUCGGCGCCUAUCUGGCUGGCGACGAGAUCAUCAAGAUUGCUCGCGAGCACGAGGUUAACAUGAUCCACCCGGGUUAUGGCUUCCUCUCAGAGAAUGCUGAGUUCGCAAAGAAGGUUGAGGAAGCUGGCAUUAUUUGGGUUGGCCCCACGCCAGAGACCAUUGAAUCCUUGGGAGAUAAGGUUUCUGCCAGAAGAUUAGCCAUCAAGUGUGAUGUUCCUGUCGUACCAGGUACCCCAGAUCCUGUCGCGAAAUUCGAAGACGCAAAGGUCUUCACGGACGAAUAUGGCUUCCCAAUCAUUAUCAAGGCCGCCUUUGGUGGAGGUGGUCGUGGUAUGCGUGUUGUGCGCGACCAGGAGAGCUUGAAGGACUCCUUCGAGCGUGCCACAUCCGAGGCCAAGUCAGCUUUCGGUAACGGCACCGUCUUCAUCGAGCGCUUCCUCGACAAACCCAAGCACAUUGAAGUCCAACUGUUGGGUGACAACCACGGCAACGUGGUCCAUCUCUAUGAGCGUGACUGCAGUGUGCAACGUCGUCACCAGAAAGUUGUCGAGUUGGCACCAGCCAAAGAUCUACCGGCCAAAACGCGAGACGCCAUCCUGGCUGAUGCUGUGAAACUCGCCAAGUCGGUCAACUACCGCAAUGCUGGAACGGCGGAGUUUUUGGUCGACCAACAGAACAGAUAUUACUUCAUUGAGAUCAACCCUAGAAUCCAAGUCGAGCACACUAUCACCGAAGAAAUCACCGGCAUUGAUAUUGUGGCCGCCCAGAUUCAGAUUGCUGCAGGUGCCUCCCUGGCACAGCUUGGACUUACCCAAGACCGUAUCUCUACCCGAGGAUUUGCUAUUCAAUGUCGUAUCACCACCGAAGACCCGGCAAAUGCUUUCUCCCCAGAUACUGGCAAGAUUGAGGUCUACCGCUCGGCCGGUGGAAACGGUGUCCGUCUAGAUGGUGGUAAUGGUUUUGCUGGCUCAAUCAUCACUCCGCACUAUGAUAGUAUGCUGACGAAAUGCACAUGCUUGGGAUCAACUUACGAGAUCGCUCGAAGAAAGAUGCUGCGUGCCUUGGUCGAAUUCCGAAUCCGAGGCCUUAAGACCAACAUCCCAUUCUUGGCAUCCCUCCUCACUCACGAGACAUUCAUCGCUAGCAAGUGCUGGACUACCUUCAUCGAUGACACUCCUGAAUUGUUCGCCCUUGUUGGAAAUCAGAACCGUGCACAGAAGCUGUUGGCAUACCUCGGUGAUGUUGCUGUGAAUGGCAGCCAGAUCAAGGGACAAAUCGGCGAGCCCAAGUUCAAGGGCGAGAUCCGCAUCCCAGAGCUCGUUAGCAAGGACGGGAAAGUCAUCGACACAUCUAAGCCAUGUGCAACUGGAUGGAGGAACAUCAUCGUCGAGAAAGGCCCUGCCGAGUUUGCCAAGGCUGUGCGCGCUAACAAAGGCUGUCUCAUUAUGGAUACCACCUGGAGAGAUGCUCACCAAUCUCUUCUCGCUACUCGUCUCCGUACUAUCGACAUGUUGAACAUUGCCAGCGAGACCAGCCAUGCUUUCAGCAACGCUUGGGCUUUGGAGUGCUGGGGUGGUGCUACAUUUGAUGUUGCCUAUCGUUUCCUGUACGAAGAUCCAUGGGACCGACUCCGCAAGAUGAGGAAGGCUGUACCCAACAUUCCUUUCCAGAUGCUACUGAGAGGCGCCAACGGCGUUGCUUAUUCUUCGCUACCUGACAAUGCCAUCGUACACUUCUGUGAACAGGCCAAGAAGAACGGUGUCGAUAUCUUCCGUGUCUUUGAUGCUCUCAACGAUACUGAGCAGCUCGAAGUCGGUAUUAAGGCUGUUCUCAAGGCUGGUGGUGUCGCUGAGGGCACUGUUUGCUACUCAGGUGACAUGAUGAACCCAGCCAAGAAGUACAACCUUGAGUACUAUAUGACAGUGGUUGACAAGAUUGUCAAGAUGGGCGCCCAUGUUCUGGGUAUCAAGGACAUGGCUGGUGUACUGAAGCCGCGUGCUGCCACACUCUUGAUUGGUAGCAUUCGCAAGAAGUACCCCGACCUUCCGAUCCAUGUUCACACUCACGAUUCUGCCGGUACUGGUGUUGCCUCUAUGGUCGCUUGUGCCCAGGCAGGUGCUGAUGCCGUAGAUGCUGCGAUGGAUUCAUUGUCCGGAACCACUUCACAGCCAGCUAUUGGUGCUCUCCUCGCAUCUCUCGAGGGGGGUGACCUUGACCCCGGCCUUGAUGCUCACGUUGUCAGACAUCUUGAUGCUUACUGGGCACAACUUCGCCUGCUCUACUCUCCCUUUGAGGCUGGUCUGACUGGUCCCGAUCCCGAGGUGUAUGAGCAUGAGAUCCCUGGUGGCCAGUUGACCAACCUGAUCUUCCAGGCUUCCCAGCAAGGUCUCGGAGCUAAGUGGGCGCAGACCAAGAAGGCCUAUGAGCAGGCCAAUGAUCUUCUCGGAGACAUUGUCAAAGUCACGCCUACCUCGAAGGUUGUUGGUGACCUCGCUCAAUUCAUGGUCGCCAACGGCCUCUCCGAGGAGGAUGUGCACAAAAAAGCUGAACAGCUUGACUUCCCCAGCUCUGUACUCGAGUUCUUCGAGGGUCUUAUGGGUCAACCUCACGGCGGAUUCCCUGAGCCACUCCGCACCCAUGCUCUCCGCGAUCGCCGGAAGAUGGACAAGCGUCCAGGUCUUUACAUGGACCCCAUUGACUUCACUAAAGUCAAGGCUGACCUCAAGGAAAAAUACGGUGGUGCCACCGAGACUGACGUCGCGUCCUGGGUAAUGUACCCCAAGGUUUUCGAGGACUAUAAGAAAUUCACCGACAAGUAUGGCGAUCUGUCUGUUCUACCCACGCGGUUCUUCCUGUCCAAGCCUGAAAUCGGCGAGGAGUUCCACGUUCAGCUCGAGAAGGGUAAGGUUCUAAUCCUCAAGCUCCUUGCUGUUGGUCCUCUCUCGGAGCAGACUGGCCAACGUGAGGUCUUCUACGAAAUGAACGGCGAAGUGCGCCAAAUCGCCGUUGAAGAUAUUCACGCCGGUAUCGAGAACACUGCUCGUGUCAAGGCCGACUCGAGCGAUAGCAGCCAAGUCGGCUGCCCGAUGUCUGGUGUUGUCGUCGAGGUUCGCGUGCACAACGAUGCUGAGGUCAAGAAGGGUGAUCCUAUUGCUGUACUUAGUGCCAUGAAGAUGGAAAUGGUCAUCUCCGCACCACACUCCGGCAAGAUCGGUGAGCUCAGCGUCAAGGAAGGUGACUCGCUAGACUCACAGGAUCUCGUGUGCAAGAUUGUCAAGUGAGGGCAGCAAUUGAGAAUAUCUUGCUUUCGUACCUCAUUUAUACCUAUAUCUUGUCAUGUCUUGCGUGUGCCCGCAGCAGCGGUUUGGAGUCGGGAGGGGGGAAAUUCCGAAUGAUGAUCUUGAUGUCUGAACAACGUUCCACAAGGAUUAUGAAUUCCAUAUUUUUAGUGCUCUGUUUGGAUAUCUAUGAAUGAAGAAGCAAUUCAAAAAGAUUCAUUAAUUAUCUAUACACUCAAUAGAGUGAUUCUGUAUUCAUCUAGGUACGCUGAGGUCUACUCCUCUUU